CCCCUCUCCUCAGUCCUCCCCUUCCUUUCCAUCCCCUUCUGCUCUCCCAUCCCCACCGUAACAGCUCGCCGAAGCGAAUCCACCGCACAGGCGGAACGCAAACCCUAGGGUCGAAUCCCGCCGCGCGGCGAGCUCCAAACCCCAGGGAUGGUGACGGCGGCGGCCAGGACUCCGACCAAACCCUUGGCUCCCGCGGCGGCGAAGACUCCGACAAAGCCCAUGGGCCCCGCGGCUGCGGCGAAGACUCCGACCAAGCCCUUGGGCCCCGUGGCGGCGGCGAAGACUCCGACCAAGGCCGCCGGCGGCUGCUCAUCCUCUCGCGCGCGGUUCUCCCGCGCGUCCGAGAACUCCCACCCCAACAUCCCGGGCUCCCCUCCCCCGCAGUCGACGCCGCCCAAGUCCGCAAAGUCCCCGGCUGCCACCGGCGCCAGGUCCGCGUCCGCCAAGAAGAAGCCAUCCACGCCCGCGCCCGCCGCGCCGCCGCCGCCGCCGCGGGGGCUGGAGCGGCGAUUCCUCGUGGCGAAGAAGGGCGCGCGGCGGAGGCGCAACGUCGGGAGUGUGGGAGGCGGCGGUGGGGGCGAGUUCGACAAGUGCCGCGAGGCCGCGCGCGAGGCACUGCGCGCGUCCCAGGAGGAGUUUUUCCGCAAGGAGCGAGCCGCGUCCACCGCCGCCGAGGAGAAAUCGCAUCAGGAGGAGGGGAAGGAGGAGAAGGCGGCUGAAAAGGAUGGGAAAGCUGGCGCCUUCGAGGAGGGGCAGGAGGGGAGUGAGGCGGAAUUGGAGGGAAGCAGCAAGGUGAGGGCGCUGAGGACGAAAGCGAUGGCGAAGGCGAUGAGCAGCGUUCCAGACCCCGGCGCUGGUCGAGUCAAGCAUCUGGUGCAGGCCUUCGAGAGCCUGCUCACCAUCGCUGGGGCCACCUCUGACGCCGACAGGGCUGGCGAGGGCUCCUGGGUGCUGCCCGGGUUGCAACCGUGGAAGGAGGAGGGCGAGUGUGAUCUGGGGCUCCCACCGGUGUCGGUGUUCUCGUCCGCAGAUUUCCUGAAUGCAGGACCCAAUAGGCUCUGUUCGUCACUCGAUGGCAACAACGACAGGUUGAGCUGGGGCAGUAGGAGGUCAGAUGGAGGCCGCAAGAGCAGAAGAAAUACAUCUGAGUCGCUAAGGAACAGCUGGAACAAAAAACUCAAGGUCACAAGCCAACAUCCAUUCAAGCUAAGGACUGAGCAAAGAGGAAGAGCCAAGGAACAGCAGUUUGUCCACAAGGUGCAGGAAAUGCUUAUGGAGGAAGAGAAGAAGCGGAUACAUAUUGCGCAAGGACUGCCAUGGACCACUGAUGAGCCAGAGUGCUUGAUAAAGCCACUUAUCAAAGAAAGAACUGAGCCGAUAGACCUUGUUCUCCAUAGUGAUGUACGCUCGGUUGAACGUGCUGAAUUCGAUCAAUAUGUGUCAGAGAGGAACAAGUUCGCUGAGCAACUAAGACUUGAGAGGGAGCGGCAACAGGAGCUGGAGGAUCAAGAAAGGAUAAGACAACUGAGGAAAGAGCUUGUUCCUAAAGCACAGCCGAUGCCAUACUUUGAUCGUCCCUUCAUCCCAAAAAGAUCUACAAAACCUGCUACAGUUCCCAUGGAACCAAAAUUUCACCCCCGGCCAGAAAAACAGUCGUGUUACUGUCGACAGCGGCAGUGCAUGGAGUCUGGAAAGCUGAAGCCACCGCCUCAUGAGCUGUGUCAACGCCAACUGUAUCUAUCAAGAAACACAGAGCAUCGCCACACAUGAUUUAGCAUUUUAGCUCCAUUCCCCCUCUUCUUAUUUUUCCUUCUUGAUUCAUCAGCUCCUCCCGUGCGUCAAGAAAUACUAUAAGAUUCAUUUUUUUCUAGCUUGGAUUACCUCCAAGUUCUGUUUUGUACAUGCAUGCAUAUCAGUAGCUCUGUGCUUCAGAUGCAAUCACACCAAGGUUCAGUUUUUGUUGUGCAAGAAACUGCAAAAGAAAUUCAAAGACGAAUUUCUGUGAUAUAUUCUUGCCUCCAAAUGUUGAUUCGCCCCCUGCUAUUCACUGUAUUCAU